AUGGCUGAAAAUUACACACUCGCUGGUAUAUUUGGACAUCACGAAGAAUGGAAGUCUCAACUAGUCAAAGACAUUCAAACAAUAUACGACCUGUCAGAUACGAGUGAUAUACCGAAAGUGUUGAAAGACCUUAAAAAAUUCUACAAUGAAAAAGAAGGUUGUGAUGUUAAUAUAAUUGUCGGAAAUGACCCAGAUACCAAGGCCUUUCUCGCUCAUUCGUUCAUACUCAAAGCUCGUUCCGAGUAUUUUCGUACUGCACUCUCGGCCACAUGGGUCAAAAAAGAGAACGGGAUGAUAAUAUUUAGAAAGCCUAAUAUUAGUUCUCAAAUAUUUGAGUUGAUUCUCAGAUACCUUUACACUGCCGAAAUAUUUAAAUCAAACUUAGAUCUGCCUGUGGCAUUCGAUCUUAUGACAGCAGCCGAUGAGCUCGGACUCACUCUACUGGUUGACACUAUUCAGCGAAGGAUAAUUAUCCAAUCUCCACUAUGGGAGAAGCGAUUUUUUUUCACUGUAUUCCAGGCAAGCUCAUCCAAUCCUCAUCUUACGUUAUUAUAUCAACAUUCUUUAAGUAAACUCUUAGCUUGUAGAAAUGUAUUUAUAAAGUCAGAUGACAUCGAUGCAUUAACUGCCGAUACGAUGUUGGGCAUUCUGCAAGAAGACGACAUAGACGUUGAUGAGCUUAAUCUAUGGAAAGCAGUUAUGACAUGGGCUCAUAAAAAAAUUCCUAACAUAUCAACAGAGCCUAACGAUUGGUCAGACGAGGAGAUCGAUUGUAUGAAGAAUCUACUCCACGACAUCAUUACUCACAUCCAUUUUGUGGAUCUGACAACGACAGAAUGUAACGGGAUUAUUGAGAAAUAUAAAAAAAUCUUACCUGAAGGCAUAGUUGAUGCGUUGAAAGAAUAUCAUGAAUCCCCGUCUAAAACAAUCCAUCAAGAUUUGCAUCAUCCAUAUGUACACUGUCUAUCUCCAAGGCGUUAUGUACGUUCAUUGAUACUUACCAGAAGACAAGGUCAUUGUUUACUGAACAGUAUCAGGGAAUUUGAUCAAGAUUGCCAGCCCGAAUACAUUCCCAGCGUUUUAGCAUUGCUAGAACGGGGAACCAAUUUCGGGUUCAGUACUCAUAAUAUCCAGGCCGUUAUGAAUAGGACAGGUCAAAAAGUACUUGUAAUGAAAGUGAAGGAUA